CACCUGAAUACAUGUAGCGGUUAUAAUCCAAAAAUGGAGGCAAAUAUUUCAUGCUGACUUCGAAAUCGAAAUUGUCUUAGAGAGACGAAGGAGCUCGUGAAAAUCGACACCCUAGAUAUAAUGAGGCUUUCUUCUUUCCAAGCCGACAACACGUCUCUGAUCAAAAUUCAUCGGCCGUCCGCGGCUGCCAUCGGCUAUAAAACCCCGUUGAGUUCGUUCGUACUGGCAUUCGGUGUUUAGCCUGGUAAAUCGGUGGGUGCUGCCAUGAGGAUCUUUACCACUAUCGUGUCCGCAGCCCUUCUGGCUACCCUCACUAGUGCGCAAGAAACGGAAACUACCGUCAAUGUUCUGCGACAAAUUUAUCACAGAUGCGCAGAUAGCGAAUCUAUGCUAUCGUGCGUUAAACCGAAGGUGGUGGCUUACCUCACCGACGCUGUGAAACAAGACAGAUUGGCAAUUACGAAGGAUUUAGCGGUGGUUAAAUCCCGUGACGCAUCGGAGGAUAACACGGAAGAGGGCUAUCCCGCGCAAUACGACGCCGCGAAUCCGACCAAAAGGAAACUCCUGCGGACGCUGAUGCUCGAGAAAAUAGACGCGUAUCUGUCUAGCCAUCAGCUCGAGGCAAAACUGCCGGAGGCCAUUGCCGGAUCCAACAUCGUUCCUAGAUCUUUAGUCGACAGUAUGCCAAAGAGUCUCACAGUUCCCCUAAGUGACUCUUCCAGCGGACAAGGUCGUGGUUUUGUCAAGAAGGUAAUGAUACCGUUUCUGCUUGGUCUCAAGUUCAAAGCGACCGCUUUGGUACCGCUCGCUCUCGCAUUAAUCGCUCUGAAGACGUGGAAGGCUCUGACUUUGGGCCUCCUGUCAUUGGUUCUUAGCGGAGCAAUGAUGAUCUUCAAGUUGACCAAACCGAAAGUCGCUUACGAGGUUGUUCACUAUGGACACCCGCCGGUGGAGCACCCACCUCACUGGGACACCGCACCGCAAGGACCUUAUAGGGCCUAUAGGAAAUAGAACGAAAUUGACCGCCUCAUCAUCUCUGUCGUGUAGAUCUUUUAUUUAAUAUUUAUUCAUCGUGUUAGUGUGUGUUUAGCAUGUUCUUGUACAAUAAAACUUUUGAUAUUAUUUCAU